UAUUGUUGGACAUCAUUCACUAAAUUGAUAUAGUAACAAACUUCUUUCAAUAAAAAAAAAUAAAUAAAAAAAAGUAAAAAGUAAGAAACUUUUAUUGGCGGAGAUUUUUUUACGAGGUAAUGAUACGCGUACUUAGGGGAUUGCAACUUCCAAUAGUGAAGGAUCCCUGCUUUCUUAAAGUAUGAGGUAUGGUUAGAGUCCUUUUCCUUACCGAGUAAAUGAACAUCAUGUUUUCUUUGUGGCUGGCCCCGUAUGAAAUUUCGUGAUAUGAAAAUAUGACAGUUUUACGGUGUAUUCUAAGUUUCAACCCUCGCCAGUACUAGUUCAGUUGCUCUAAAGCGCAUCGUGUACACAAAAUACAAAUAAAUUUCGUACAAUGCCAAUCUCUCUCCUCCGUAACUGCCGGAGAACCACACCGUCGCCGGCGUAUUUCUGGCAUCUCCGGCAACUACGAUCAGACGCGACGCUUGAAGCAAUCGCAAAAGCCGCCGAAGAGAAAACGCCGGUAGUAACGUUGUACAACUAUCCUUCAUUUUCCGGCGCAUAUUCAGCACUCUUUGCUCACCUCUUCCACUCUUACCUUCGUCGCCCUUGCCUUAUUCUCCCGUUUUCCUCCGUCGCUCCUUUCAGGGUGGAAGAUUUGUGUUAUGAAGGACUCAAGACAUGCUAUUUCCUUGACUUCAUUGGUCCAAGAGGAUUUGCUGUGGAGCUUUGGCGGAGGACAGCAUGCGAAGUGAUAUGCUUCGAUCAUAGAAAAUCAACACUUCAAAAGAUCCCUUCUGUUGAGGGUUGUUCUGGAAAACUCACGUUUCAUGUUGAUAUUGGGAGGAGUAGCUCAAGGGCUGUUUUUGAAUAUUUUUCAGGCCAGCUUGAAUGCACAAAAUCACCUGAUGGAAAUGGUCUGGUUAAUGGUCUGCUAAACUCAAAUAAUCAAUGUUGUAUACAGUUACUCUUGAACUAUCUUGAAGAUGGAGAUUUACGCCAAUGGAGAUUGCCUGACGUUCGGGCUUUCAAUAUUGGGAUUUCAGAAUGGAGGUCAAAGCUGAACUGCAUCAUCAAUCCUCACAUGUAUGACCAGCUAUUGGAGAUGAAUGUAAAAGAGCUGCUAACCAAGGGAAACUCUGAAAUUUCAGCUCAAAAGGAUGCUGCAAAAGUAUUUCUAAAAAAAGCUUUUAAACUUCGGCUAGGUCGAGGAUUCUAUGGGGAGUGCCUGGGAGUUAGAGCUGAUAGCAAUCCAGACCUCAGUGAUGAAAUUGGGAAAGAACUUAGUUUAAGGAGUGCUGCAGCUGGCUUAAGGCCUGUAGGAGCUGUUGUCUUUAUGCAACGUAAGAACUUGAAAAUGUGUCUGAGAAGUAUGGAUGGAAAUACAGACACCUCAGAGAUUGCGAAGGCCUAUGGUGGUGGAGGUUCGCCUAGUUCUAGUUCCUUCAUCAUAAGGAUGGAUGAAUAUAACCAGUGGCUCUCUGUCAAUUUAUCAAGUUGAUUGGAGUAUAUAUCUACAGUCACCAGCGAUUUUCUUGCUACAAUGCUUUUCGUUACUUGGAAAUUCUUCCCCACCACCUACAUAUGAAAUAGUGUUUGUCAGUUUCAUGAUUGUCAAGAUCUGUACUCAUCCUAGCUUCUUGGAGCACCUAUUUUGUGCUCAAUUUGUAUCAUAUACUGAAUGAAAUUCUGUUAACAAUAACAAACUUCAUUAAACUCUCACCUUAUGUUUUGUGUAAGGACCUUGCAUUCGGCUCUGAAAUGGUUGCCCCCCUUGAUUCUUUUACUUGUUGGCAACUUGCAUUUACUCAAAAAAAUAAAUUUAUUAAUGGCCUUGGACUGUUUGACUGCCAUUGGAGUUAUUUCUCAUCUUCUAUUUGGGAUGU